GUCGUUCCCGGUCCGGGUCAGGCUCCCUUUCCAGCUUUCCUUUCCCUUGUUCUAGUUGCCUCUCCGGAGCACCCGGGACCCUCCCCACGAACCCCGCCUCCAGCACCGGACGGACGACUACCUGCUGCUGCUGCAGCCGCCGCCCCUCAGCUGCGGAGGCGGGCCAAGGAGCGGCGCAUCCCCCAUAGAUGCAAAGGAAGUCCCCGUCCAGGCUCAUUUUCACACAUACACACACACCCGGCCUCAUUUCUCCCGCCCACCUCGCAAUAAACGUGUGGAAACUGAGCUGGCGGCGGCACGGACACCGUCUCGACCUUUCCGCUGGCAAGGCACCUGCUAUAAAGCAGGCAGACCCAGAGAGAAUACAGCCACGCCUGGCCAGGGGCAGGACCGAGCCCCGACGACUGCCGCCGCCUCAGCUAGGACUCCUAAAGGGGUUCUUCUCCCCGGGGCACACACACACCCCCCUGGAUAGACAAAGGAAGGAAAGCCCCCUUGACGCUGUGCAAUUGCAAUGCCGGCCAGCAGACCCGCUUCCCCCGCGCGGGACUCACCGCUCGCGCGCUCUUCUUUCCCUCUCCAGCGUUUCAGAAAACCUCCUUUAAAGCCGGCGCCGGCUCGUCUGCGCUCGACUCGUUCGCCCUCUCGCUGCUCGAACUCGGCGUUCGAUUAGUUUGGGUUCGCCCCCGUCUUCCCGAUCAGGUGUUAACGCAGGCGCGGAGGUAGCGUAGGGCGGGGAAAAGAGAGAGAGAAAGCUUAGACAGGAGGGGGCGUGGCUAAGAGCGAAUUGCGACCCGGAAGCGCGUGUACCGCCGGGCAUAUUGGGGUGUGUGUGUUUGGUUUGGGGGGGGGGAGUGUUGUCGGAAGUAUAGGAACGGGGAGCCUCCCUCCUCCCGACUUUCUCUUUGGGUAGCAACCAUGUCUGGAUCCGCGCAAGGGCCGGUGGAGAGGCUGCGACACCUGUGCUAUCGCUAUCAAGACUACGUGAAACGGCACCCGGCAGCCACUACCCAGCUGGAGAGUACCGUGCGCGCCCUCUCCUACCUGUUGCCAGGUCGGUUCUCUGACUCUCAUGAGCUGUCUGAGCUUGUGUAUUCUGCCUCCAAUUUGCUGGUGCUGCUAAAUGACUGGAUCCUUCGGAGAGAAUUGCAGCAGUCCCUUCCAGUGUCGCUACCCCAGCAGAAGCUGCUCACUUGGCUGAGUGUCCUUGAGUGCUUGGAGGUCUUUGCUGAGAUGGGAGCUGCCAAGGUGUGGGGAGAGACUGGCCGGUGGACCAUCAUUGUUCUCAUCCAGGUCGCCAAGGCCAUCUUGCGUCUCCUGCUGCUGCUCUGGUAUAAAGCAGGCAUCCAGACGUCACCCCCCAUUGUGCCGCUAGACAGGAGGCAGUCAUUGCAGCAGAAAGAGAUGGAGGGCAACUCGAUGGGAAAGGAGCAGAUCUUCGUGGGGAAGCGCUCUAGCCGGGUUGUGCGGUCUCUUGAUGGCACCCCGUCGCUGCACUCCAGACACUGGGGUGCACCUCAGCAGCGAGAGGAGAAGCAGAACCGAAGAGCGAUGGAGACCGACCAGCCUCCAACCCCUUUGGGCAUCCAGGAAACUAUUGCUGAGUCCAUCUAUAUUACUCGUCCCUUACUUCACUUGAUGAGCUUAGGGGUCUGGGGACAGAAGUCUUGGAAGCCUUGGCUGCUGUCAGGAGUCUUGGAUGUUGCCAGCUUGAGCUCACUGAGCGACAUGAAAGAUCUCAACAAGCGGGAGCGAGUAGAGCUAAGACGCCGGACUGUCUUGCUACUCUACUAUCUGCUGAGAUCUCCCUUCUAUGACAGAUACUCUGAGGGCAGAAUCCUCUUCCUGCUGCGCCUGCUGGCCGAUUACGUCCCUGGAGUUGGCCUAGUCACUCGUCCAUUGAUGGAUUACUUGCCAGCCUGGCAGAAAAUUUAUUUUUACAACUGGGGCUGAGCUGGUCUUGGUUUGGAAUAUUGAAGCUAAGGGUGACUCGGGCUGAAAAAGAAGCAGCUUGGAGUGGCAGGAUGCUUUCAUCCUGAGGGGAGGGAGCCUUGAGACCUAUGAGAAGCCGCACAAACCUGCCUGUCUAUGGCUUAUGAAAAAUUGUUUUCAGGAGACCAAUAAGGGCUCAUCUGCAUUUUUUAAAAGGAAGUAUCUUCUUGUGAACAAUGAACACUACAAAGACUGGGACCUGAAAUAUUUUCGCUCUUCCCUUUUCCGUUCUGAUAUAACUGGCUUCGGAGUUGGGCGGGUGAGGGGGACUCCUUUUGUAUGUAUUUUGUAUGGCUGUAAAUCAAUAAACCUGGGCAGCGGGCAUGCUUUGGCGCUCAUUGGUUUGAUCUC